AUGUCUGCUCCCCCGAUCAAGGAGAGAACGCCCAUCAAGGACCUUCAAAAGGUCUUCCACUACACCGAUACCAUGAGUCGCAAGCCGACUCGCGAUAACGAUCCGUACGAGUAUCUCGCGGGCUUUGGGAAUCGCUUCCAAUCCGAGGUCAUUCCUGGAACCUUACCAGCCGGCCAGAACAACCCCCAGGAACCCCGUUUUGGAUUGUAUGCCGAGGGGAUCACAUAUUCGGCCUUUACGGCACCCCGACACGCCAAUUUCAGCACAUAUAUGUAUCGCGUUCGACCAGCUGCAGCACAUAAUGGAUACAAGGCCAACAUUCCCCACAAAGCCGACAUAGAAAACUGCUUCCUUUCUCUGAAUCCCAAAGUCGCCACUCUCGCCGAGCAGGGCGAAUGGGCACCGUUCCCUCUCCCCGAAGAAAACGAGAAGAUCGAUUUCGUGGAUGGACUACACACGCUCGGAGGAAGUGGAGAUCCGAAUCUGCGCGAGGGCAUCGCGCUAUACGUCUUUAUGAUCAACGCCGACAUGGACCACCGCGCCUUCUGCAAUACCGACGGUGACUUCCUCAUCGUCGCGCAGCUGGGUAACCUAGACAUCCAGACCGAGAUGGGCAAGCUUUUCCUCCAACCGGGAGAGAUCUGCGUGAUCCCUCGUGGGGUUCGCUUUGCUGUGCGUCUUGGGCCAGGUCACGACGUCGCCCGUGGGUAUAUCACUGAGGUUUGGGGGUCGAGAUGGGAGCUCCCUGAUCUUGGACCGCUGGGAGGCCAUGGUCUGGCGAACCCCCGCGACUUUCUCCAUCCGGUUGCGUAUAUUGAUGAGGUUCUGCAUGAGGAUUGGUCGAUUGUCAACAAGGCGAAUGGACUGUAUAAUGCCAUUGAGCAAGACCAUAGCCCAUUUGAUCUUGUCGCAUGGCAUGGGAAUGUUGUGCCGUAUAAGUUGCAGUACGACUUGACCAAGUUCGCCUCGCAAAACGCAACAUCCAUCGACCACACUGACCCCUCGGUCAACUGUGUGCUGACAGCCAAAUCGCGAGACCCCGAUACUCCACUGGCGGAUUUCCUCUGGUUCGGGCCCCGGUGGGACGUCGCAUCCAACACCUUCCGCUUGCCAUAUUUCCAUCGCAAUUCGGCCACCGAGUUUCUGGCUUGUCUCUAUGGCAGCGGUCUGGGCCGUUCUGACGAGUUUUUGCCUGGUGGAGGAUCGGUGGAGAUCAGCCAUACGCCGCAUGGGAACUUUAGCCAGGAUUAUGUGUAUGAGAUGCGGAACCAGGUGAAUGAGCCGCGGAGGAUCCUGGAGAACCAAAUGACUAUCAUGGUGGAGAGCAGUCGGUCGUUUCUGUUUACGGAGUAUGCUCGGGGUGGAUGCGGGACGUUCAAGGAUCAGGGCACCGAUCCGAAGGUUUGGGAUGCUCUUCCGGACAAAUUCUCCUCGUAUCCUAAUAUCCAGGAGAUCCUCCGUCAAGUCAAGUCGGACAAGGAGGCACGGAAACGGCGGAUGGAGAUCUACUAUGACGAUGCGAGAUUGGCAGAGCUGGUGCGACAUUAG